AUGUCCUUUCAGAUCAACGAGCAGCGAGCAAGCGAGCAGCGAAGGAAGCAGAAACGCGCGGCAUCACAACUCGAAGACCUUCAGCUCACACGAAGGACCGCCGUAGAGGACAAGUCCAGGCGGUAUCCGAUGAGCGUAUACGAAUCACCUUUCCCCGCCAACCACCUCCCGCUGAAACCGACUUUCAACUCGUCCAACCCGUUCCUCAAUUCUACGGACCACCUCGAACCUUCGGGAAGCCGAUCGUAUACCACUGGAAGGAGCGAUUCUACAUCUUUUGGCGGCGAUGCUAGUGAUAGUAGUCAGCCGCAUCCGUUGAAACGGUCGAGAGGGAUCAAGAGGGGGUUGGACGAGGUCGAGCAGCAUGUGGAUACGGAUGAUCUGCCAGAUAAAGUCGGCGAUGAAGACCCAUGCUCAAUACCACCUCCAAGACGAUCCGCGAAACGGCUGAUGGAUAUCAGUCAUCGGAUAGCCGACUAUGGCCAGCCAGAACCUUCGGCAGCUACAAAAGCCGCUCAUCCUGAAGUAGAACAGGCAGAAGCAAAUCCCGGGGGAGAUGUCGAGGUGGAAGUUGGAGAUGAGGUGGGGGACAUUGGAGAAGCUGAGAUCGAUGGGGAGGAACAGGAUGUCGAUGGGGAAGGCGAAUUUGAAGAGGAAGAAGAGGAGGACGAUGACGAGGACAGCGAGUUGUCAGAAGAAUUCGAUGCGACGCCUUUCGAUCAUGAAUGCAAGCCGGAAGUAGCCGAUAUUUCCUUCCACGAAAUCGACCCGAACGACAAGUCCGCGCCGGGGAACAUUCUACGGGGCAUACCUUCUUCUGACCUUUACGACGAGCAUAUGCAGGUGCGAACAUUUGAUGAGCGUUUGGACGUCAAGGCGGAUAUCAGGAAGAUCAACGAGGCGAUCGAGGGGAUGAAGCAGUCGUAUCGGAUCGUGGAUCGAUUAGGAGAAGGAACAUUCUCCUCGGUCUACAAAGCCAUCGACAUCGACGCCUUUACUUACGAAAACGAUUUCUGGAGGAAGACCAUCCACGUCGCUCACAGCCGGAAUCUGCAGACUUACAUUCCCAAGAUCGACGUUGAUGGCGAUGGGCAUGGAGAGACGGACGAACCGGCCGCGACGGAUCUGAACAAGGAAGAUCAAGCUUGGACGGACAAGGGAGAGCCGAGGAGGAAUUACGUGGCGUUGAAGAGGAUUUAUGUGACGAGUAGUCCGGAUCGGAUAGUGAACGAGUUGGAGAUUAUGGAGGAAUUGAGGGGUUGUCGAAAUACGGCUCAAUUGAUCUCGGCGUUUCGGUCUGAAGACCAGAUCGUCGCCGUGAUGCCAUAUCAUCGUAGUGAUGAUUUCCGACUGUAUUACAAGUACAUCGACCCGCCUCAUAUUCGGAAAUACUUUCGGUGUCUGUUCCGAGCACUCAACGAUACGCACAAUAGAGGUAUCAUCCAUCGGGACGUCAAGCCUGCCAACUUUUUGUGGGAUUACGAGAGCGGGGAAGGUGUUCUUGUGGAUUUUGGUCUGGCCGAACGCUACGAGACGCCCAGCAAGAUUCAGUGUCAACACUCGCCAGCUACUCUCGAGCGUCUCCAUGGAGAACGGAUCAAGACCAACAUGACCGCCAGGGUGGAACAAGCGGUGUAUGAUGUGCGGAAGCGAGAAGCGAGCGGAAGGGUCGGUAUACCACAGGUCGAUAACCGACCUGGUGUACGAGCGAAUCGAGCGGGAACAAGAGGUUUUCGAGCGCCAGAGGUCUUGUUAAAAUGUCCCGAUCAGACCUUUGCCAUCGACAUCUGGGCCGUCGGAAUUAUCCUGCUCAGCGUGUUGUGUCAUCGUUUCCCCGUGUUCAACUCGAAUGACGAUACCGAAGCUUUGCUAGAAUUAGGAGCCAUCUUCGGGAGGAGCGGACUGGAAAAGGCCGCUAUGCUGCACAACCGCACCUUUGCCACAAAUUUGAACACGGUCCCGCUCAAUCCGACAAAAACCCUCAGCGAGAUGGUCUUGUCCCUCAAUCCUACGCUCUACAACCCGCCAUGCAGCAAUCCUACUCCGGCCGAAGCCAAACGACACAUUGAAAGCGUGGACAACAUGCUCGAUCUCCUGAAGCGAUGUCUCGUCAUCGACUCGACUCGACGGUGGACGGCGGGAAUGUUGCUCCGGCACAAGUUCCUGGAAGAAGGAUUGCGGGACGACGAAAAGGAAGAUGGCGGUUUCGAGCAGGGCGAGUUGAGAGGGAUUGCCGAGGGCGUCUGCGGACACAUGCAUUUCGUACGGAACGGUCAACAUUGGGCUGUUAUCAACGGCUCCGAAUAUCUCUGCGGCUGGGGCCAAGGCAGGGCGUACGGCGAGACAGAAUGUUAUCUCCACAAGCCGGAGAACCAGCGUCCUGUUAUCUGGGAUGACGAGGUGGAAUCUGUGCGGUAA